UGUACAAAUAGCAAACUUUGACUGACUAUAAAAGAACCUUAUUUAUUUGUAAUAAAGUGUACGAAAGGUUAAUUAACAGUGUGGAAUAUGGGAAUUAUAUAACUGGUGGCAAAGUCACGGUAACAUUUUUGCCUCUGCCAUGCUGCCGGGUGCUUGUUUGCUGUUUUCGUUUUGGGCAAUCUUCACUGGCUCCCAAGCCGUCGUUACUCCUAUAGAAGAAACUGGACCAUGCGCUAAAUUUGUAAUGGAGCAGAAUUCGGAGGGCGGGCGUUACUACAAUGGUGUCGAUGAGGUGAAGUUCCAUUUUGAAGCAAACAAGAAUGAAGUCCUGCACAGUGUUAAAAACACUUGCAAAGCACUAGGCUCAGAAGUGGACAAGCAGUUAGUGGAGGCGUGCAAUGAAGACUACCAUGGUGAGACGAAGCCUAAACUGGCUCCGCUGGGUGAUGAGGUUCUGUCACCAGUGUAUGCGACGUGUGACGGCGUUCCAGAUUGCGGGCCCAUAGUCAUUCGCGUUACACAGCUGUGCGAACAAUUAAAAACUGGUAGCUGCUGCUGAUGAAUCUCCUGUCGUGCGACCACAGAUGGCACUGCCUAUGGACGCGGGCAAAUACCAUCGACAUAUUUUAUCUUAAAAUUUUAAGCGAAUAUUGACUUUUGAGUAAUUUGGGUUACUUAUGUGUUUUAUAUUGUUGUAAAUAUAACGUUAGGAAAUAUAAAAAUUGUAUUUAAAUUUCUCAUUCAUUUAAUACAAAUACGUCUCCCUGAUUCGUGAUUACGGAGAUCCUAAUGUACAUAUUCAUCUUGUAAUCAUUUAUUUAUCCAAUCGAUUAUUUGACCACAGAUGCAAAAAUCUACUUGAAAUAGAAUUUAGGCUUAGAAUCACCUACAAUCUACAUAUUUCAGUGAAGUAACAAGUAUUCAAAAGAAAGCAAAUUAUCAGUUAGCUUUAAAAUAGUUUUCUACACAGUAAUUUAAGCCUUUUUGGAAGAAACGGAAACUGUUCUACUUUUUUAAACACUUUUAUUUUAAUCAACGAAAAACGAAAGAUUUUCAUUCUCAUUGGCCGUUUUCGGUUAAUUA